GUGGAUUAUGAGAUACAUUUUUUUGAUCCAUCAUAGCUUCAAGGCGGUAGUUAGGGAGGGGUUGCGGUAGGCGGGGCGGGGCUCGGCUCCCACCCACAGGUCCGUCCCGUUUGCAUCCCUGACAUAGAUAAGGUUUGAUGAUGGGAAGAGGAAAUUCCCUAUUACAAUCCGGUGAGCCCGCUUUUUCUUGGAUUGAGCUCUAGAAUUCUUCGAAGGAUCUCAAUUUCAUCAUUUCAAUUAGAAGUUUAUAGAAUUUUCGAUGGCUUCUACAAGAAAAUCGAGAAAUGCAAAUAAGCGUUUUGCCAAAGUUAAUGAAGAGUGGGCUGAGAAGGAUGCAACGCCUCUGAACAAAAAUAGGAAUCGAAAGAGGAAGAUAUCAGACAUGCUUGGUUCUCAAUGGAGCAGAGAAGAGCUUGAGCGUUUCUAUGAAUCAUAUCGUAAAUGUGGGAAGGAUUGGAGAAAGGUUGCUGCAACCAUACGAAAUAGAACUUCUGAAAUGGUGGAGGCUCUUUUUAACAUGAAUAAGGCAUAUUUAUCACUUCCAGAAGGAACAGCUACUGCAGCUGGACUGAUAGCAAUGAUGACUGAUCAUUACAAUAUGCUGGAAGGAAGCAAUAGUGACCGAGAAAGCAACGAUGUACCAAAAUCUUCGCGGAAGCCACAGAAGCAGAGUCGUGGAAAAUAUCGACUAAUGUCAAAAACACCUGAUGCACGAUAUCCUGAUCUAUUGCAGUAUCAGUCAGCUUCGUCAAGCUAUGGAUGCCUUUCUUUAUUGAAGAAGAAACGCUCUGGAGACCAAUUUGCAGGAAAUAGACCACGUGCUGUUGGAAAAAGGACUCCUCGGGUACUUAUUUCGAGCAUGUAUAACAGAGAUGACAAGGAUAAAAUAGGUCCACUAGGUAGGAAUGUAAAACCUGAAGUUAAUGCCGGCGAUGAUGAAGGCCUCCACGUGGCAGCAUUAGCUUUGGCAGAGGCUUCUCAGAGAGGAGGUUCACCAGAAGUUUCUAGAACACCAGGAAGGCGCGUUGACCGAAUAGGAUCAACUCCUGUUAAGAGUGAAAGAAAGAAUGCUGAAUCGGAGAUGGAUAGUUCAAAGUUACUGGGUAUCCAAACUGAUGGGGAGUGCCCAGAAGGUAGCUUAGGAAGCAGGGAAGCCGAGAAUGGAGAUGAUGCCAAAGAAGUUUCAUGUAUGAUGGAUAAUGAAGGUGUCAGGCCUGCUAAAACUCAACAAAAGUUGAAGAGGUCCCAGAGAAAGAAACCAAAAGCAAAGAAUAGAGAUAAUGAUCAAUUCGAUGAUGAUAGGGAAGCAUGCAGUGGUACAGAAGAGGGCCGGAAUAGCAGAAAGGUCAAAGAUGAAACUGAUAUGGAGGUUAUGGAUGGCAAAGCAGCACGGGGGUCUAAAGCAUCAAAGAACAGGAGCCGUCAACUGUUUUUUGGAGAUGAAAGCCCUGGCUUUGAUGCACUGCAGACGUUGGCAGAUCUUUCUGUUAAUAUCCUGCUUCCUAGUUCUGCUGUUGAUUCUGAAUCAUCAGCGCAGCUAAAAGAAGAAAAGAAAGAUAUGAAUUCUGGUGAGAAGCUGAAUGUGCUUGAAUCAAAGCCUCGAGAUAAGUUGAAAACUUCUCCGAAGAAGGAUAAAAAACGGUCUGCAAGUAUUGGAGCUGAUAGUGCUACUCAGAAGAAUUCUAAGCUUGUGAAGGGCUUACAGCAUGAUGUAAAUACUGUAUCUGAAACGCAGCAACAAAGUUGUGCAUGUAGCAGCAAGACAGAGAAAAGAAAACGAAAACCUUCCGCUAAAAAGGUGUCAAAAGCUGAAUUAAAUAGUGAAACUCCAAAAGAACCUGAAACUGCUGAGGUCUCUGUUGAAGAAGGGAGGAAAUCUUCUAGUAAAGUUAGACGUGCCGGUCAAGCAAGUCCAGCGCAAAAACAGGGCAAAGUAAUUAAACCUCAAGAGAUCUCUUUGUCAAAUGUUGUUGAUCUUGGAAGAACAGCUGGGGAUGUCUCACAAACAAAUGCACAAGUUGCAACAGAAAACCAGGGUAAUGUUCUGAUCACAAGUAGAAAGCGUCGGAAGAUGGGCUUGAUAAAGGCACUGGCCUGGAAGUCAAAUGAGAGUAAUGGAGAUCAUCGGCCUGAAAAGUUUUUCUAUCCUGGCAAUGGAGCCACUGUUGUUAAGGAGAAACUCUCUCACUGCCUGUCAUCUCGUCUUUUGCGUAGAUGGUGUGUAUUUGAGUGGUUCUAUAGUGCAAUUGAUUAUCCGUGGUUUGCCAAAAGUGAGUUUGUUGAGUAUUUGAAUCACGUGCGGUUGGGCCAUGUACCAAGGCUGACUCGUGCUGAGUGGGGUGUCAUAAGGAGUUCUCUUGGAAAGCCUCGUCGACUAUCAAAAAAAUUUUUGCAGGAAGAAAGAGAGAAGCUUCAACGGUAUCGUGACUCUGUUAGGGUGCAUUAUGCCGAACUUCGAGCUGGUGUUAGGGAAGGGCUCCCAAAUGAUCUUGCUCGGCCUUUAUCAGUUGGCCAGCGUGUUAUUGCUUGCCAUCCCAAAACAAGAGAAAUUCACGAUGGAAGUGUCCUGACUGUUGAUCGCAACAGGUGUAGGGUUCAGUUUGAUCGGCCCGAAUUAGGUGUUGAAUUCGUGAUGGACAUUGAUUGCAUGCCAUUAAAUCCGUUGGAGAAUUUUCCUGAGGCUCUUAGAAGGCAGAAUAUGGUUGCUGGCAAAUACUGCAACAGCUUCUUAGAUGUGAAGUUUGAAGAUCAAUCUAAGGAAUGGAAAGUCGGCAGUGUACCGAAAUUUGCUUUAAGCAAGAACUAUGAAAGCAUAGAUGGAACCUCUCAUGUUGCUUCUUCUACUCAUCCCAUGAGUAUUUUAAUGAAGCAAGCAGAGGGUAACAAUAUCGAUUCAAUUGUUCAGGCUAAACUUGCCGUGAGUGAAGUUACUGUUGCUGCACAACAGGCGAUGUACAGUCAACCUUGUACGUUGUCACAGAUACAAGAAAGGGAAGCUGAUAUUAGAGCACUGGCUGAACUGUCACGUGCUCUUGAUAAAAAGGAAGCUUUGCUAAUAGAGUUGAGGCACAUGAAUGAAGAAGUUUCAGGAAAGCAAAAGGAUGGUGAUACUAUUAAAGACUCGGACCAUUUCAAAAAGCAGUAUGCAAUGGUACUCGUACAGCUUAGAGAUGCAAACGAUCAAGUUUCUUCCGCCUUGCUCUCUUUAAGGCAACGUAACACGUACCAUGGUAGUUCAUCACAUCCAUGGACUAGGCCUGUGGAAAAUUCAGGAGCGUUUGCUGGACCCCCAGAUUCUUAUAAUCCUAGUUAUUUUCUUAAUCAAGACUCGGGAUCUCAAGUAAUGGAGAUUGUUGAUACUUCUAGACAAAGAGCAAAAAUGAUGGUUGAUGUUGCUCUGCAGGCAAUGUGCUCAUUGAAAGAAGGAGAAGAUGCUUAUAUUAAGAUUGGAGAGGCUUUGAGUUUUCUGAACAUUAAUAAUUCAGGAUCCUUCUCGACAAUUCCAGGAAUUAGACGCAUUCCUGUUGAUUCAGGACAUGCCAAUUCAGGGUAUCAGGAUAACAUGUUCGAUACAGUAGCAGCUCGUGCUCAAAGUCCCAAAUCUCAUCGUGGUCUUGAUGCCGAAGCGCCAAUUCCUUCGGAACUAAUUUCGUCGUGCGUAGCUAUAAUGCUAAUGAUUCAGGCUUGCACCGAGAGACAAUAUCCGCCUGCUGAGGUGGCCCAAAUUCUCGACUCCGCUGUCGCCAGUCUGCAACCAUGCUGCCCUGGGAAUCUUCCGAUUUUCAGGGAGAUUGAGACGUUCAUGGGCGUCAUCAAGAAUCAAAUGCUUGCCUUGAUACCUACUCCAGCCACCGCCACCCCUGGUUCUGAGGCCUCUAUUCUGAAAUCAUCUUAAGUCAUUUUUUGUUGUUGUUGUUGUUUUUUUCUUUUUUUUUUUCCGUUCCCCCUUUUUCUACUUCUCUUCCCUGUUUUUUUUUUUUUUUUUUUUUAAUGAGAGUAGAACAUGCAUGUGCACAGCAAGGACAUGCUAUUCGAUGAAAAGAUGUAUAUAAUAAUACUUCCAGAAUCAAUUUAAGUCCUUAUUGAAGAAUGGAGAAAAUUAAAUGCAACCAUGUGGCUAAUUGUUCAUCGAUCGGAGGCAAGUCGAAGAUAUCAUCCAAGUUUCUCUUCCAUCAAUGUAAGAUCUGAAAACAAACGUUUCUGGACCCACAUGUAGUAAUGGCUGGUUCUUAAUUAACAUCACUCUGUUAGCAUUA